AUGAAGGUGAUCCCAUUCGAAUCGAACUCUGUGGCGAGCAUUGAGUUUUAUGAACGUCUCGAGUCCGGGGUCAAUGAGGGCUCGGCAUAUUGGAGACAGGCACAAGCCAAUGAGCUGCCGCUUAGUCAGGAUUUGCCGGGCGGCGGAGACCCUGAUCGGUCAUGGAUAUUCCUUGGCGAGCACAUUCACAAGGGGUGUCUCGUCAACUUGUACGACAUCCACAACGCCGCUCUGGGGUCAAGCACUCUGCUACCCUCGAUGCUAAAGUGGUUUGCCCAAUUUCUCUCAUCGAAUACCCCUCCUCAAUGGACUGAGGAUCACUAUACCAAGUCCUCCCUCGAACUCAGUGCCGAGAAGAAUACCCAGGCCUCUCCAGUCCCUUCGAUGAAUACCCCAACCACCUCUACUGCAAUAGAUACCCUUCCUCCACCUGCAGUACAGAGCCUCUCUUCUUCCAACUCCAAGGCUCGUCGAAAAAACAAAAAGACUGCCCGUGUCAAGGGACUUAGCGUUCACUGGGCGAGCUUCAAAAAACGCAUCGGCACCGGUACUGCGCCCGACAGCAGUUCGCUCUUCGGCGAGAGUGCUGUUGAGAGCAACUUUACUCGGAGGUUGGAAAGUGCUGAAACCUCCGACUAUGUGGAUGAGGUCGUGGUCGAUCGUAACUGGUCAGAGGAAAUCAAGAGUUCAAUAUCCCAUUCCGAGCAUGGAGGAAGUCCGGAGAAGACAACCAGCCACCCUCCAGACCGAGGGAACAGUGAUCAUGAGAGUAUCGCAGACGACAAGUUCUGGAGUCUCUCCAUGCCUAUCACUUUCAUGCGAUAUCGCGCUUGGCCAUUGUUUAUGGAGAUAUUUAGUUCGCGCUUUCUCGACGAUAAAGCAGAGCAGCAUUAUGCCCAGGAAAGCUGGUUCCUCAAGAAAUCUUUGGCACUCUGGGCAUCUCUGUGGCUCAUCUGCAACUGGGUACUGGGAUGCAUCUUCAUUCCUCAUAACCCCAUAGCAAAGCUCGAUAAAGUGUUUUACUUUGGCGUGGCACCGUUCCUGAGCUUGCCCAUUGUGUUUAUGGUGAUGUAUGACUGGCCGCGAGAUCGGCCUUAUUUUUACCAAAUAUUCCUAGUUGUUUCAAUAUGGUGUUGGUCGUUUUAUCAAGUCAUUUUUAUUAUCGUCUGUGGAUUCUAUACCGCACACCCCAAUUGCCAGAACCGGGACUUCAUGGCUACAUUUUAUUAUACUUCGGCGUUGCAAACCAUUGCACUCUUUGGGCUUAAGCUCAAUCGAUUUCCAGCGGCUUUGGGUGCACUUAUCUUCAUGCUGUUCGCGUCGAUAGCUAUUAUACCGCACCGAAAUACAUGGGGCCGAAGCAUGAUCAACUUUUUCUUCUUUCAGACAUUUUUAAUUUACGUACAUUACGUUCGGGAAAGCUCUGAAAGACGGCUAUAUACGCUUCGGGAUCAGCUAAAAAUCCAGUUUAAGGCUACUCAGAAGGCUCAGAUCAACGAACGAAAGGCAUCGGAUUCGAAACGGCGCCUCACUUCGUAA